CCUGCUCACAUGCUUCUCUCCCUUUCUUCCCAAGUUGUCUGCUUCUCUCUCUUGACGUUUUGUUAUUUUUUCUUCAUAUUUUGCAGCAAUUUGUUUUACAAUGCAGACAAGAACCGUGCAAGUAAAGAACUUGUCAGAUCUAGCAAGUGAGAGGGAGAUUCAUGAGUUCUUUUCUUUCUCUGGUGAUAUUGAGCGCAUUGAAAUCAUAGGUGAACCUGGCCAAUCAAAGAUCGCAUAUGUUACAUUCAAGGAUCCAAAAGCUCUUGAAAUCGCGUUGUUAUUAUCGGGGGCAACAAUUGUUGACAAGAUCGUGGUAAUAACUUGUGCUGAAAAUUAUUUACCAAAACCUGAGAUCCAUGAAGCAAGAACAGCAGACAACACUGUGUCUAUUACUCCAGCUGAGCAAAGUGCACCGGAUGCUGAGCAAGGUAGAACUAGUCCACCUGGCAGUGGAAGAAUGUAUGUUAGUAAAGCACAAGAUGUUGUUGCAAGUAUGUUGGCCAAAGGUUCAGCUAUACGACAAGAUGCAGUGAACAAAGCUAAAGCUUUUGAUGAGAAACAUCGGUUGACAGCCAGUGCAUCUGCCAAGGUUACUUCCUUUGACCGCAGAGUUGGGUUGACAGAAAAAUUGACUGUGGGAAUUUCAGUGGUUAAUGAGAAAGUAAAGUCUGUGGAUCAAAGGCUGCAGGUAUCAGAUAAAACCAUGGCUGCAAUAUUUGCAGCAGAGAGGAAAAUAAAUGACACAGGAUCAGCUGUCAAAUCUAGUAGGUAUGUAACUGCUGGGACAGCUUGGCUUAAUGGUGCUUUCAGCAAGGUUGCAAAGGCUGGGCAGGUUGCAGGUACAAAAACCAGAGAAAAGUUCAAUAUGGCCAUGUCGAAUUUGACUGCCAAGGAUCCAAUUGCAGUGUAAGUGAGAAUUUGGUGUCUUAAGGUCACAUCUUUUCGGAUCCUUGUCUGCACAUGCAUUGGAUGGCCUCGUUACACCAAUAUGGACAGAGGCAUCUAAAACUGGGGAGCUAGAUGCUUGGGGUAGGAUGCGCAAAGUUGUGUUCAGUUUUGGCUUGACGUGUGUGCUUAUGCAAUUCAAUGUGUUAUAUAUAUAUUUUUUACAAUAUUCUUUGAUUUCUAGGGUUAUUGCGCCUAUUGAGUUCCUUGUAAUUUUAGAGCUUGUGACACUGCUUUCAACUCAGAAAGAAGCUGAAAUUGAUGUUACCAUUGUGCUCAUUGACACUUCCCUUUUGUAUUAUCCUUUUUUUCCCUUAAAAGAAAAGGUGAAGUUGCACUGAUAUGUUAAAGGUUUA